AUGGAAGCAUUAAGAGUGAACUUUUGUGAAGCCCCAACCGAGAACGCUGUUAUUCCUGAUGUUAAAGUUACCAUUCCAGACACGUAUAUUCAACCUAAUAUCGAUAAUGAAAUGCUUUCAAAUUUAAAUUUCCGCGUUGCAAAUGUCGCCGAACUUACGGAUGUAAUAGGUACAAUCGAGUCAUUUACAGAUUCACUCGUGGAUGAUCUAUUACGCAUUGCCAAGCUGAAUGACUGGCCCUUUGACAUCCGCAAUCAGCCGCCAUGCAAAUUAUACAUUGAAGGUGAUCCUUACGUAUUAUCGAACCUUGGGUUUGUAAUAAAUAUGGAAGACAAUUCUUGUAGUAGAGGUCUGUUAUUGAUUUUUACUAUUUUAUGGGACAAACACUUAAGAAAUAUUAGUGCAAGUAAUGGGUUUGGGGAAACGCAGAUCGCUGCGGAUGUUCUUGCUUGUGUUAGUGAGAACAUACGCUCCCUUGGCAUACCGGAAUAUGGAGAUCAGAUAUUAUGGGUAAUUCGUGUAAUAUCUACGCGCGUUACUUUUUAUAAAGCUGAAAUUCCUGCAAAGUAUCUAAAUGAGCUUGAAAGAGGCCUACCGCAACGACAGUCAGUUAAGAUUCAAAGAUGGCCGGCCAAUAAUAAUUUGAAAGCUGGUUUCGAUCUCACAGAGCCAAAUGGACGACGAAGUGUAUUGACAGCAUUAGCCAAAAUUCGGAGUUCACUUUUGCAUGAGAACGAUGAUUAA